CAUGAAAUGGACGAGUGCACAGGACUACCCAAGGAGAAGGCAGGGGAGUUUGAUGAGCUUCCCCCACCUUCUGGCGAGGAGACACAAUUUAUUUUCUUACGGCUCAACAUCUUAAGAGAGUACUUGGAAAAAGAACUGUGGAUGACUGGACUGCCCUUUCCGUUUGAUCUGGAGAGAGCCAUUGAUGAUUGGGUCUUCAUGUGUUUCUUCGUUGGGAAUGACUUCCUGCCUCAUUUGCCAUCGCUGCAGAUCAGGGAGGGUGCGAUAGAUAGAUUACAGAAGCUGUACAAGAAAGCUGUCUACAAAACAGGUGGUUACCUGACAGACAGCGGAAUUGUGAAUCUUGAGAGAGUACAGCUCAUCAUGACAGAUCUUGGUGAGGUGGAAGACGAGAUCUUCAAGCAGAGGAGACAGAAUGAACUCAACUUCAGACGGAAUCAGAAAGAGAGGAACAAACGCAUGAAACUGGACCAUAACUUUGUCAAGGGAAGCUUGCUUGAGCCACAGGCCAUUUCACGGAAUGUUACACGGACAAGUGCCAGGGAGAUUGUCAAUGCCCGGCAUAGCAGUACUGUAUCCCAGCAAGCAAACGUCGCAGCAGCCCAGGCUCUGAAAGCAACCUUUGCAUCAUCUGGGAGCACGGGGAACCAAUCCAGGGACGGUUUAGGGAUGAAGCGAUCCCAUGACGAUGAGGAGGAAGAUGAAUACGAGAAGCUGGACAAGACAGACACGGUCAAGCUAUGGGAGGAUGGAUGGAAGGAGAGAUACUACGAGCACAAGUUUGAUGUCCCAGGAGACGAUGAGGAAUUCUGCCACAAAGUGGCAGAGGCCUACAUUCUUGGGAUGUGCUGGGUACUUCGGUACUACUAUCAAGGCUGCCCAUCUUGGGAUUGGUACUAUCCGUAUCACUAUGCGCCGUUUGCGUCCGACUUCAACGAGGUGGCCAAGAUGCCGCAUGAGUUUGAGUUGGGUACCAAGCCGUUCAAGCCUCUAGAACAGCUGAUGAGUGUCUUCCCCGAAGCCAGUGGCAACUUCCUACCCCCGUCUUGGAGAGAACUCAUGGGCAGCAUUGAUUCACCAAUCAUCGACUUCUACCCUACCAACUUUCGCAUUGAUUUGAAUGGCAAGAAGUAUGCAUGGCAAGGUGUUGCCUUGUUACCCUUUGUGGAUGAGAAGCGCUUGUUGGAUACGCUUAAAGAAGUUUAUCCCAACCUCACCAAAGAUGAAAAGAAAAGGAACAGCCUGGGACCGGAUCGCCUGUUUGUCCAUAAGAACAAUGCCUUGUUCUCGUUUCUCAAAGAACUCUAUGACUCGGAUGCCUUGGAUAAGGACAAAAUCAAUGUCGACGUGGACCCCUCCCUAGCCAAUGGCAUGAGAGGCACCGUUGGUUAUGAUGAGUACAUCUGCUUCCCUGGAGGAACAAAGAAAUGUCCGGUGCCGGCACUGGAAGACGUCACACACAACAAUGUCCUAAGCGUAAGCUUUAAGGACCCACAGUACCCUGUAGGUCACCUGUUUCCUGCCAAGCAGUUACCUGGAGCCAAGCCUCCUGGCAAGGUCCUGAAGCCCGAAGAUUUUGACAGAGUGAAUCGGGGCGGUGGCAGAUACAGACCGCAGCUGGGUUUCCAAAGGGACAGCGGCUACCGAGGGGGGAGCUUCUCCAGUAUGACGGCCCAGCGUACCAUCAGGCAUAACGUUCCCUACGCCAGCGUGCCGCCGCCGCAGUCAUUUGCACGCAGCCGGCAACACCAAGGGGGUUACUACCAGCAGCAGCAACAGAAGCAGCGUGGCUACGGUCAGCAAAGUGGCUACGGCCAGCAAGGCGGCUAUGGCCAGAACCAGCAGCAGCGCGGAGGUUACCGAGGAAACUCCUACCAGAGCAGACAGGGCAACAACAAUGUGGGUUACAGUGGGCACCAGGGACAGUCACAAAGUGGUUACGGAGGGACUGGAUGGUCUCGUAGCAUUCAGGGCCAGCAGUCGGCCUACCAGCAGAAUCAGGCCAGGUACAGACAACAGCAGCAACAACAGCAUCAUCAGCCGCAGUAUGGACGCAGUGGAGGCUAUCACCAGGCCCAGCGUUCAUACCCUCUGCCCCCAUCCCAGCAUCAACGUCGCUACUGAGCUGUGGUGUCACCUGCUUCAUGCUAAGGUGUGGUGUACUGUAAGAUGGUUUGAUUUUCUUGAUUUUGCUUAGUGGAUGUACAUGUAGCUGUGUUCCAUCAGUUGGCAGUUCAGCCAAAUUUACAUUUUCAAAAGGUCAGCCUUCACUGGGUGAUAUACGAUUUCUUUUUCUCUCUUUUGUUAUCUACAGUGAAGUACAAAUAGUUUGAUCCACAGACAUUAGAAUUGCUGUAAGAAAACUUUAACAAUAUCUCACAGUUCAAUCAAAAUGACUACUGAAGAAUGUUUGGUUUCCUCCUAAAUCUUUUUCAAUUUCCAGCAUAUGCAUAAAAGCCAGAAAUCAGAGACCAUGUAAGAGAAUUUCAGAAAGAUUGUCUUUUAAGGGAAAUUUUGGUUAGGCCACCAAGUUCCUGGUUUCACUGUGAAUUUCAGUAAUUUGAAUAUUAAAGUGGCUUUACUCUGAUCCAGUGCCCAUGUACAUGUUAAGGCCAGUUUCCAAACCUUUGACUUCAUCUCCAACAAAUAGCUUUUAUCUCAGAUGACUCUGUCUUGGGCCUUGAUUAUGGGUUUAUUUGUCCAAAUGUUGCCACACGAAUGGUGAAUUGUGCACAGUGAAGCCAGAUUUGGUAGUAAUUUCAUUGGCUCAAGCAUGAAAGCUUGAAGUCAGACAAAGCCAUGGCUUGGAAGGUGGCCCAGACCAAAUAAAGGUUGUGCAUGGAAACCAUUGUUUGAGGGCUUUUGUUCCACAGGGGUACCGAUGGUCGGGUUCGGGCGGCCUUCUUGACACAUGUUUUGUGUUCUCGUGCUCGAACGGCAGAAACAUGACCCAAGAACACCAUUUUCGGAACAGGUUCACACACCACCUCCUUGUUAGGGUUUUACACAAACACACAGAAA